AUGGCCACAACCAUCCCUCUCCCUGUCAGGGACAUCAUAAGUCCUCAAUUCCACCAAAACAACUUCUCUGAGGAGGCAUUCGUCAAGAACGAGCUCGGAAUCAAGCUAGACAAGGACGACCAGAUAUGCCGGCUCUCGCUCACGCCGACAGGGUGUCCUCUGGGCCCACAGCACUGUCCGCUACGACACACCACCCCAUCGGUGCUGAACUUCCAGCCACCAAAGCAACUACCAACGCACCCCCGCGAGCGCGAGCGGCUCGCGACGGUGUGCAAGCACUGGCUGCGCGGGCUGUGCAAGAAGGGCGACGCCUGUGAGUUCCUGCACGAGUACAACCUCCGGCGCAUGCCCGAGUGCUGGUGGUACGCCAAGUACGGGUACUGCUCCGCGGGCGACGAGUGUCUGUACGCGCACCCGAAGGAGCGCCGCGUGGAGUGCCCGGACUACAACAGAGGGUUCUGCAAGCUCGGUCCGACCUGCCCCCGAAAACAUGUGCGACGGGUGGCAUGUCAACUAUAUCUCACCGGCUUCUGUCCACUCGGACCCGACUGCCCCCGCGGCCACCCCAAACCGGGCAUCCCGCCUGCCAAGGCGUACGACCCGCCCGAACCGCCGUCGGUGCGCGACCUCGGGCCGCCGCCGCCAGGAUACGGUAGGUAUGCGGACUUCGACCGCAGCGGCGGCGGCAACUUCCCCGGGCCCCACCCGCCCGGGCUCGGGGGCUCCGGCGGGCCCCCAGGGCCAAGACGGAACUUGGAGGAUGUGGUGUGCUACAAGUGCGGGGAGAAGGGCCACUACGCCAACCACUGCCGCCAUCAUGCGCACAAACCGUACAAGCGGUGAGGGAGGGCUGGGACCGGACUUCGGGUUACGGGAGCUUUGUGUCUGUACACUGCGUUGGUAGCUGUGCUUGUAUUCUAUUCUGUCUGUCUCCG